GCCUAGUGAGAGAAACCUGCUUCUAGUGAGAGAAACCUGCAAAACCUAGUUUCAGUGUCAAUUUUCAUGGCACUUUCUUCUCUUUCUUCUCCAUCUAUUCCAUCCUGUCCAUCAUCUUUAGUUUCUUCUUCCUCUUUGGAGAUUGCUUCUUUGUCUCGUGAUAAGAUUCAGGCUGAGAUUCUUGCUAUUACGGGUGCUGCUUCCUUGGCCCAAGUUAAUAGCUCUUAUCCGGCCAUUCCAGUCCGCGUAGUGUCCCCUGGUUCUCCACCACCAAUGCUAGUCUCAGAGAGUCGACCCAUCUCAUGGGCUGCUGUCACCCAGGGUUCUUCGAAACCCCUCACCUUUCACCCCCCUGUUCUUGAAGAUGGAAAAUUGAAGGUGAAAUUACCUCGCACGGUACGAGAUGAACGUGUCAAAUUGUGGGAAGAUUGCUUAAUUGGCACUUUCAUAGCAACAGUUCAUUGUGAGCAGCCUAUUGCUGAGCUAAAGUCUUGCAAAGAUGGACAUAAUACAUUUGAGGUCUUGGCUAAUAUUGAUGAUGAAAAGCUAAAAGCACUUAAAGCUUCUUUCAGGCAGUUGAAUAAGAACUCAUAUGGUGACUUACAUGAAAGGCUUAUUAAGGAAACAAAGAAGCUGCAUGCUAUCCAAAUUGAUCUUUUGUCUAAUUCGCAAGAAGACUUGGUGAUAAUAGAACAAGAGCAAGCAAAAAGGGUGGCAGAUUUAACAUUUGCUGAGGAAGCAUUUUUGAAGCAAAAGUCAAGGGUUCAUUGGCUCAAAGAGGGUGACCAAAAUACAACAUAUUUUCAUAAAAUCCUGAAAAUAAGAAGAUGCAAAAACUCAAUUAGGGAGCUGCAUUCUGAUGAUGGUAAGGUGCUUACUCAACAUGCAGACAUUGCAAGAGAGGCUAUUGCCUUCUACCAAAAGCUCCUUGGAACUGAGGACCCUUCUUGUUUAGGUGGUGAGCUUGAACUGCUGAAAACACUAUUCAACUUCCAGCUUCCAAACACAAUGCAGCAAGCCCUAAUACAACCUGUCACUGCAGAAGAGUCUAUUAAAGAGUUUUUCUCCACCGGAAAACUGCUUAAAGAGGUGAAUUCUACAAUAAUCUCCUUAAUACCGAAGGUGUCUUGCCCCUCUAAAAUGGGUGAAUUUAGGCCCAUUUCAUGCUGCAAUUUGUUAUACAAAUGCAUUACUAAGAUAAUUGCUAAUAGACUGAAGAAGUGCUUGCCAUUAUUCAUUAGCAAUAAUCAAUGUGCUUUUGUUGAGGGGAGAUUGAUGGUCGAAAAUAUUCUGCUUGCUCAAAAGCUGGUUAAAGAUUAUCACAAGACUAAUAUGCAGUCCAGAUGUGCUCUCAAGAUUGAUUUAAUGAAGGCUUUUGACUCGGUUAGUUGGAAGUUUAUUCUUGCAACUUUGGAAGCAUUAUCCUUUCCCCUUGUUUUUGUAAACUGGAUUAAAGUUUGCAUUACCUCCCCUAUGUUUUCUAUUGCUAUAAAUGGAGCCUUGGAGGGUUAUUUCCCGGGAAAAAAAGGAGUAAGGCAAAGGGACCCUUUGUCCCCUUAUCUGUUUGUCAUUUGUAUGGAGGUCUUGUCCAGGCUUCUUAAUAAAGCUGCUCAAGAAGGAAGACUACCAGUUCACCCAAAGUGCAGUAACGUAGGCCUUACCCAUCUGUGUUUUGCAGAUGAUCUCUUGAUUUUUACAAAUGGAUCACCCAAGGCUAUAAGUGUUGUUGACUCUAUUUUAAAGGAGUUUUAUUCAAUAACAGGGUUGAAAGUAAAUUACCAAAAGUCAGAGAUUUACUAUUGUGGAGUACAAGACAGUAUCAUCAAGAAUUUGGCUGCAACUUAUGGUUUUAAGCUUGGGACCCUUUCUGUAAGGUACCUUGGAGUGCCUUUGAUAACAGGCAGAUUAACAGAUGCAGCACUUAAGCCCCUCAUCUUGAAAAUUACUGAUAUAAUCAACUCUUGGACUUUAAGACAUCUAUCUUUUGCAGGAAGGCUUCAACUCAUCACUUCAGUUUUUCAAGGUAUUACGAAUUUUUGGUGCUUUGUUUUUAUCCUUCCCAAGAAGGUUAUUAAGUCCGUAGAGGCUAUAUGUAGUGCAUUUUUAUGGAAAGGUAGAGCUACAGAUGCUAGAGGAGCAAAGGUCAGUUGGGAGAUUGUUUGCAAACCAAAAGUGGAGGGCGGCCUAGGCAUAAAACCACUGCAGGCUUGGAAUAAAGCUUGUAUUUUAAGAUUCAUCUGGUUGCUUUUCUCUAAAGAUGGUUCAAUUUGGGUGGCUUGGGUACAGGCAUAUCUGAUUAAAGGGAAAAGUUUCUGGUCAUUAAAAAUUUCAGGUAACACCUCUUGGUUUUGGAGGAAAAUUUUAAGCUUGAAGCCUGCGGCUAGAUAUUUGAUCAAGCAUAUGAUAGGAAAUGGGGAGAACACUUUUCUCUGGUUUGACUUUUGGCAUCCAACAGGACCACUACUUGAGGUUUAUGGUCAGAAAAUUGUACGGGACAUAGCAAUUCCAUUACAAGCUAAGUUGUCUCAAGUGGUGCAAGUAGAAGACUCAGUUAUAUGGCUUGCAUCUCCAUCAGGAUCCUUCAAAACUGGUUACACAUGGAAUCAUUUGAGGGAAAAACAAGAAAAAGACACAUAUGUCAGUGAGUGCUCUGCUACAUAUGGCUCGAACUUAGCAUCAUGGUCACCUCGAGACAAUGACGCUUGGACAAUUGCUGUUGGGGGAUGCCACAGCAAUUUCAUGUCGGGAACUGGUUCACAGGUAAACCCAGAGGAACUUGGAGAGGCAAUGCAAAUGAUACAAGACGAAAUGGGGCAAGUUAAAGAGCAACGAGAAGCAAUGCAAUGGAUGUUGGAAGACAUGGGGAGGAUGCAAGCUUCUUUAUCGCAACAAUUUGCUGCUUUUAGUGCCUACGGGAUGCACCCGCCUAGUGCUACUCCAUCAUUAUCUCACACUGGGCAAGCAUUUCCUCCUGCAGGGACAUCAUUCCCUACUGUUGGGCCAUCAUUUCAUGCUAGUGGGCCAUCAUUUCCUCAUGCAAUGCCAAUGCAAAUGCUAAUAGAACCUGCAUUCCCCAUGGGCCAAAUGGGGAGACAAUCAGGAUCUCCAGGUACAUCUUCAACCAAUCCCCCACAAGAUGAUUAUGGUUACCAGUCAGAAUUUGAUGCAAAUUACUAGGGUCCAUUUGGGCUGGAAUGAUCAGUGUGCAUGAGGAUGCAAAUGCAAAACUUGGCAUGUUCUUAAUACUUAAGGAAAAUACUUUUAGUUUUUGGAAGGGUGAUUUGAACUUGU